CAGCGGCGGGCGCGGCCGAGGGCGCGGCGGGGACAGCGAGGGGACAACGAGGGGACAGCGAGGACACAGCGCCGGAUUCCUCCCGCGGCACCGCCCCGACAGCUUUGGAUGCGCCACAGAACCGCGAUAAUUUGGGAAUUUUUGCCGAUUUUGGCUCCACCUGAGAACAAACCCCGCGAGAUGCUCCCCAAACUUUGCUCCUCAGCAGCCCCGGAGGAACCCCAGCGGAUGGAGGGAUAAGUGACCCCCCCCAGGCGGAUUUUGGGGUGAUGCUGCCGCUGCCCGCCCUUGCUGCCGAGCUUUGGGGGCGGCCAUGGCCGAGCACCGGGAGCUGCUGGCCGAGAUGCCGGCGGUGGCGCGGCUGGGCACGGCCGAGCGGCUCCGGCACGCGCAGCGGCGCCGCGCCCAGCAGCUCAAAGCCUGGGCGCAGGCCCAGAAGGAGACCCCGGCCAUCCCCAGAGGAGGAGGAGGAGGAGGAGGGGAGAGGAAGAGCAGGAGGAGGAGGAAGAGGGUGACGUUCCCGGCCAGCGUGCGGCUCCUGGAGGCGGCGGCGCGGCACGACGCCGAGGAAGUCCGGCACUUCCUGGAGAGCGGGAUCAGCCCCGACCUGUGCAACGAGGACGGGCUGACGGCGCUGCACCAGAGCUGCAUCGACGACUCGCUGCCCCUGGUGCGGCUGCUGCUGGACUCGGGCGCCGACGCCAACGCCCGGGACGCGGAGCUCUGGACGCCGCUGCACGCCGCCGCCACCUGCGGCCACCUGCGCCUGGUGCAGCUGCUCAUCCAGCGCGGCGCCGACCUGCUGGCGGUGAACUCGGACGGGAACAUGCCCUACGACCUGUGCGAGGACGAGGCCACGCUGGACUGCCUGGAGAGCGCCAUGGCGCGGCAGGGCAUCACGCAGGAGCGCAUCGAGGAGGCGCGGGCGGCCACGGAGCGCGCCAUGGUCAGCGAGAUCCGCGAGCUCAUCCGGGAGGGGAAGGAGCUGGACGCGCCCAGGGGACACCACGGGGGCACCCUGCUGCACGUGGCAGCCGCGCACGGGUUCCUGGAGGCGGCCGAGCUGCUGCUGGAGCACCGCGCCCGCCCCGACGCGCGCGACGCCGACGGGUGGCAGCCCCUGCACGCCGCCGCCUGCUGGGGACAGGUGCCGCUGGCGGAGCUGCUGGUGGCUCACGGCGCCGAGCUCGGCGCCAAAUCGCUGCUGGACGAGACGCCCCUGGAUGUGUGUGGGGACGAGGAGGUGCGGGCCAAGCUGCUGGAGCUGAAGCACAAGCGGGCGGCCGUGCUGAAAUGCCAGGAGAGGCACAAGGGGCUGCUGCAGAGGAGGACGUCCAGCGCCGGCAGCCGAGGGAAGGUGGUUCGCCGCGCCAGCCUGUCGGAGCGCUCGAGCCGCUACCGCCGGGAGCUGCAGCGCGAGGCCAUCGUCUGGGGACACCUCGGGGACAGCGAGGACGACGACAGGGCCACCGGCGUCACUGCCACCACCGGCGUCACUGCCACCGGCGUCACCGCGGGCACCGACACGCGGCCACCGCUGCCACCCGCCGGGCACCGCGGAGGGGCC